UACCGCGAGAUUUCGCGGAAGCCUCCCUCUUUCUUCUGGGCCGCCGACAUGCCAUCCAGACUGAGAAAGACCCGGAAACUUCGGGGCCACGUCAGCCACGGCCACGGCCGCAUUGGCAAGCACCGGAAGCACCCAGGAGGCCGGGGUAAUGCUGGUGGCAUGCAUCACCACAGGAUCAACUUUGACAAAUAUCAUCCAGGUUACUUUGGAAAAGUUGGUAUGAGGCAUUAUCACUUAAAAAGGAACCAGAGCUUCUGCCCAACUGUUAACCUUGAUAAACUGUGGACCUUGGUCAGUGAGCAGACACGGGUAAAUGCUGCCAAAAACAAGACUGGAGCUGCUCCUAUCAUUGAUGUGGUGCGAUCGGGCUACUACAAAGUAUUGGGAAAGGGAAAGCUCCCCAAACAGCCUGUCAUCGUGAAGGCCAAAUUCUUCAGUAGAAGAGCUGAGGAGAAGAUUAAGGGUGUGGGGGGAGCCUGUGUCCUGGUAGCCUGAAGCCACAUGGAGAGAGGUUCAUUAAAUACUAACAACUGCUUUUC